AUGGUGAAAAGAGGAGGUACGAAGAGGAAGUCAGAUAUGAAGAAGAUCACUGACAAAGCAUCGCGAGCUACGACUUUCUCCAAACGCAGAGACGGUCUCUACAGUAAAGCGGCUCAGCUUUGCCUUCUCUCCGACGCUCAAAUCGCCAUCUUAGCGACUCCUUCGUCUUCAAACUCCAACGCUUCUUUCUUCUCCUUUGGUCACUCCUCCGUUGAUUCUAUCGUCUCUGCUUAUCUAUCCGGAAAGAGACUUCCUCCUGUUUCGCGUGAUACCAAAGCGAUGAGAGAAGACUUAGGUAUAUGUAUGUCUCGCAUGGAUCUAGGGUUAGGGUUUUGGUGGAACGACGAAAAGCUUGUCAAUUCUAAGAAUCGGGAAGAGAUUAUGGAAGCGAUGAAGUCAAUGGAAGUACUCAUGAGCCAUCUCAAGGCAUUAAAGGAUCAAACCCUAACAACAACGGUGGACGAGGACAAGGUUGAGAUUUCACCUGACGAUGACUUGGAUGAAUGGAGCGAGAUGGAACUUACUCGACUCCUCCAAGAUUUUGGUGAUGAUGAUGAUGCAGUACCACUGCCUGUUGUUGUAUCUGAGAACACCUCCAACAACAACCACUCUGUAUCUCCUGCAGAAAGAAGAUUGGACGAUCUUGAUUUUGAUUUUGAUUCUCUUUUUGAAGGUUUGGCAUCCUAUGAUGAUCAGAAGCUCUUAUGGUCUGAUGAUGAGUUAUUGUUCAUAUCUGUUGAUGCAACAACUCCUCUUAACAGCCCGGCUUUUUUGCUGCCUUCUACGCCUAGAGGAUCGGAGGCCAACAACAAGAGAAGAGAGACUGUAGCUGCUCUAGGAGUUCAACUACGGAAGAUAAAGAUCGAGGCUUGA